UCACCCAGGCUGGAGUGCAGUGGCGCGAUCUUGGCUCACCGCAACCUCCACCUCCCAGUUUCAAGCAAUUCUCCUGCCUUACCCUCCUGAGUAGCUGGGAUCACAGGCAUGUGCCACCAUGCCCAGCUAAAUUUUUUUUUGUAUUUUUAGUAGAGACAGGGUUUCACCAUAUUGGCUAGGCUGGUCUCAAACUCCUGACCUCAGGUGAUCUGCCUGCCUCAGCCUCCCAGAGUGCUGGGAUUACAGGUGUUAGGCACCGCGCCCAGCCAAAUAACCACUUUUGUAGACCUUUGCUACUCAAAUUGUCACCUGAAGACCAGCAGCAUUGGCAUCACCUGGGAGAUUUAUCAGAACUACAAGCUCACUGAAUCAAACUCUACUCUUUGACAAUGCUACCAGGUGACUUUGUGGACACACUAAGGUUUGAGAAGCAUUACUCCAGACCCUGCUCCAUGUGUGUGUCUUGGCAUCUAAUAUUGCCAAGAAGAAGUCUGAGGCAGCCUGAUUUUGCUUCCUUUUCAGUCUGGAAAUUUGCAGAACUUUAAAUCUUAAAUUUUCGUAAUUUCACUAGGAUAUGUCUUGUUGCUGGUUUUUCCCCAUUAAAAUUUCCUAGAAUUUAGAGAGCACUUUCAGCCUGCAGAUUCUCCUCCCUGAUGAAUGGCUUUUUCCUUCAAGUUUGUCCUAUCAGGAUUAGAACUAGGGUUAGAUUUAAGGACACAACCCAUUUUAAGAUUAUGUUGUCUUUCUAGUAUGUAUAUAUUUUUUAAAUUGAGGUAUCACUGACAUACAAUAAGCCAUGCAUAAAGUGUAUGAUUUGAUAAGUUUUGCCAUAUGUAUAUGUCUCUCAAAAAAUAACACAAUCAAGAUAACAAACAUAAUCAUACCCCAAAAAGCUUCCUUAUGCCCUUUUAUAAUCUCUCCAUUCCAGCCUGCUCCUCUCCUGCCUCCAGCCCCAAGAAACCACCAAUCUGUUUUCUUUUACUAUAGUUUUCCUUUUCUAGAAUUUUAUAUAAAUGCUAUCACACAGUAUGUACUCUUUUUAAAGUUAUUAUUUUUUUUGGUGUGAUGUCUUUCACACCACAGAAUUAUUUUGAGAUUCACCCAUGUUGUUGCAUAUAUAUCAGUAGUUCAUUCCUUGUUAUUACUGAGUAGUAUUCCACUGUAUGGAUAUGCCACAAUUUAACUCAAAUGAUGGCCAUUUGAAUUGUUUCCAGUUUUUGGCUAUUAUAAAUAAAGCUGUUAUGAAAAUUUGUAUGCAAGUCUUUGUAAUGUAAGGACAUAUGUUUUCAUUUCUCUUGGGUAAAUAACAAGAGUGAAAUGGCUAGAUAAUAAGGUAGGUGUAUAUUUAAUUUUUAAAGAAUCUGCAAAGUUUUUCCAAAGAGACUGUGCCAUUGUACAUUUCCAUCAGUAUUGUAUGGGUUCCACUUCUGAUACAUCUUUGCCUACACUUGAUGUUGUCUCUACUUUUAGCUUUUUUAGUAAGUGUGUAAUACUGUUUCACUGCGGUUUUAAUUUGCAUUUCGCUAAUGACUAACAAUGUUGAGCAUCUUUUCAAAUAUUUAAUUGCUUUCCAUAUAUCUUCGUUGGUGAAGUAUCUGUUCAAAUCUUUUGCCUAUUUUUAAAAAUUGGUUUAUUUUCUUAUGAGUGAGUUUUGAGAGUCCUUUAUAUAUUUUGGAAACAAGUCUUUUAUCAAAUAUUUUCAGUAUUUUCUCCCAGUCUGUGGCUUGUCUUUUCAUUCUCUAAAAGUAUCUUCUGAAAAGCAGAAGAUUUAACUUUGAUUAAGUCCAAUUUAUCAUGUUUUUUUCCACUGGCUAAUACUGUUUAGAAUUUGUGGUGUAUAUGUAUGUAUGUUUAUGUGCACCCACUCAUGGUAAAUGUUCAUUUUAAUAGGUUUAGUGAAGGGACAGUAUGCACAUGUAUGUCCUUGUCAUACCAUUGUUUCUGGAAAUCUAAUUAUUUAAAACAAGUGCUGUGCAUAAACUUUAAAGUGAAAAUACUAUAGAUUUUAUAAAAUGAACUGUUUCUGUGACAGUUAAAAUCUCUGUGCUAGGUGGCCCCACAAUGGCUCCCAAUGGUUCUCAUAUCCUGGCGUUCAAACCUUGUGUAUCUCUUCCCACACUGAAUCAUGACUAAUCUGAGGAGAAUGUAUUGAGGAAAUCAUGAUGCAUGAUUUCCAAAACUAGGUCAUAAAAGCUUUGGCCUUGGCCUCUUGGAUUGCUCACUUUGGGAGAAAGCUACAUGCCAUGUUGUGAAAACCCUCACAUGGGAAGGAACUGACGCUUCCUGCCAACAACCAGCACCCACUUGGCAGCCAUGUGAGUAAACUACCUUGGAGGUGGAUCCUCCAAACUCAGUCAAGCUUCAGAUGACUUCAGCCCCACGUGACACCUGACUGCAACCUCAGCAGAGACCCUCAGCCAGUACCACCCAGCCAAGCUGCUCUUGAAUUCUGGGUCCACAGAAACUGUCAAAAGAUAACAAUGUUUAUUGUUUUUAGCCACAAAGCAUUAGAGUAGUUUAUUAUCCAGCAGUAGAUACAUAAUAUACUCUCCAUGGCAGGACUUGUUUUGGAGGUGGUGGAUAAAUCUAAUUCCUGUGGAAGGAAUAACUAAAAUCUGUCUCCAGGCUGGGCCGGGACACACAUCCCAGUACAGGGCAGGAAAGGGCUCUAAGCCAAAUGUUAAUAGCUCUUUCGCUAAACUUCGAAAAUUGUCCUUAAAAAAAAAAAAAAGCUAUUUCCCUAAAGCACGCCACAUAUUGGAGUCCCAGCAGCACCUAUUUUGUGUCUUCAAAAAACACAAUUGGAAAACAAAACAAUACAAACUCACGAGCACAUACUAUGUGCCAGGCACAACUGUAAAUAAUUUACCUAUCAAUUAACUAAUUUAAUGAAUUAACCCUGAACAGCCUCAAGAGGUUGGUACCACCAUCAUAAUACCCAUUUAAUAGACAAGGAAACCGGGGCAAAGAAACUUGCUGCAUGUCACACAACUAGCAAGCGGUGCAGCUGGGUUUCUGGACCUACGUAGUCCACACACAUUCGGCCUUCUUAGUAAUGGGUUCGACUUUCCCCACACCCACUUUUCCCACUGCAGCGCACCCACACAAUCCAGACAGUUUUGGCGCAUGUGAAGGGCGCGAUGGUCCCUUCAUUAUCUGGAAGGACACCCAGAGUGGCAAAUGCCAGAUAACCACGAAUAAUACCCAGGAUAGUAACCAUUCUGUGGCCUGAGCUGGCCAGACGUCAUGCCCCGAAGGAGCUACCAGGUGUGGGCGCUGCAGGACCCCUGCCUGGGGCCGCCCGCUCGGGCCCGUGUUGUCUCAGGCAGUAGGGACACUGGCGCUGCCGGCUGGGGUAGGAAACCACAGAGACUGGCAACUUCCCAGGUUCCUAGAGAGGAGGGGCAUGGAAAACGCACUUCCGGCGGAGGGUCUCAAGCUUUCCCCGGUGUCGGCGGCAGGUGGAAUUUCCACGCUUUAUCUGCGCCUGCGCCGCGCGGGAUUCGCGGUCCGAGCAGAAGAGGUUCGCGGUCCGGUUUCACUUCUCCGAACCCUGAGGCAGUGUGUGAAGCUGGGACGCCAGCCAUGUUCCAGACCGCUUGGCGCCAGGAACCAGUGACCUUUGAGGAUGUGGCUGUGUACUUCACCCAGAAUGAAUGGGCCAGCCUGGACUCUGUGCAGAGGGCCCUGUACAGGGAAGUGAUGCUGGAGAAUUAUGCAAAUGUGGCUUCCCUGGCAUUCCCAUUCAUCACGCCUGUUCUGGUCUCCCAGCUGGAGCAAGGGGAACUGCCAUGGGGCCUCGAUCCCUGGGAACCUAUGGGCAGGGAGGCUCUCAGAGGUAUCUGUCCAGGGGAUGAGGCCAGAACUGAGAAGGAAGGAUUAACUCCAAAGGAUCAUGUGUCCAAAGAAACAGAGUCCUUCAGACUGAUGGUGGGGGGCCUGCCAGGGAAUGUUUCCCAGCACCUUGACUUUGGGAGCAGCCUAGAGCAGCCCCAAGGUCAUUGGAUAAUUAAGACAAAGUCAAAGAGGAGACAUUUCACAGAUACAUCAGCCAGGCACCAUGAGGCCUAUGCGGUCAAGAAUGGAGAGAAGUUUGAGAAAUUAGGAAAAAAUAUUAGUGUCAGCACACAACUCACUACAAAUCAGACAAAUCCUAGUGGUCAGAUAUCUUAUGAAUGUGGACAAUGUGGCAGAUAUUUCAUUCGAAUGGCAGACUUCCACCGACAUGAGAAAUGUCACACUGGUGAAAAGUCUUUUGAAUGCAAAGAAUGUGGAAAAUACUUCAGAUAUAACUCAUUACUUAUUCGGCAUCAGAUAAUUCACACUGGAAAGAAACCAUUUAAAUGUAAAGAAUGUGGAAAAGGUUUAAGUUCAGACACAGCCUUGAUUCAGCAUCAGAGAAUCCACACUGGAGAAAAGCCCUAUGAAUGUAAGGAGUGCGGCAAGGCCUUCAGUAGCAGCUCUGUCUUCCUCCAGCACCAGAGGUUCCACACUGGGGAGAAGCUCUAUGAAUGUAACGAAUGUUGGAAAACUUUCAGUUGUAGCUCAAGUUUCACUGUCCAUCAGCGAAUGCACACUGGGGAGAAACCUUAUGAAUGUAAAGAGUGUGGAAAACGAUUAAGCUCCAACACAGCCUUGACUCAGCAUCAGCGAAUUCACACUGGGGAGAAGCCCUUUGAAUGUAAGGAGUGUGGGAAGGCAUUCAAUCAGAAAAUAACCCUGAUUCAGCACCAGCGAGUUCACACUGGCGAGAAACCUUAUGAGUGUAAAGUGUGUGGUAAAACCUUCAGCUGGUGUGGAAGAUUCAUUCUGCAUCAGAAACUACACACUCAGAAGACACCUGUGCAAGCAUAGGGCUAUCCAUAGUUAGGCCCACUGUGCCUCUCCUUUUUUCUCUUUAUUUUCAUGCUUUUUAUCAGUGUCCUCGCUGUCCUUCCUCGGUAGACACUUGGCUUUCAUCAUGAAAUCUUCCUUAAGUUUUUUGAACCUGUUUCCCCAACAUGAAGUCUCUUUAUGGUUAGAGAAGACCAAAAAACAAACAAACAAACUUAGAAACAUAAAAGGAAAUGUAAGUUUCCAGAUUUAAAGGACAUGCUGGGUGCCCAGCAGGAUGGAUUCAAGGGAAACCUACAUUAAGGAAAAUUGCUGUGAAUUAUGAAAACACCAAGUUUGAAUAAGAGGAUCAUGGAGAAAAAAUGAGACCCUAAAAAGUUUCUAGAGAGAGAAAACAAAAGAUCAGAAAUGAAAGUGGGGCCAGGCGCGGUGGCUCGUGCCUGUAAUCCCAGCACAUUGGGAGGCCGAGGCGGGUGGAUUAUGAGGUCAGGAGUUCGAGAUCAGCCUGCCCAAUAUGGUGAAACCCCGUCUCUCCUGAAAAAAAAAAAAAAAAUACAAAAAUUAGCCAGGCAUGGUGGCGCAUGCCUGUAAUCCCAGCUACUAGAGAGGCUGAGGCAGGAGAAUCACUUGAAUCCCUGAGGCAGAGGUUGCAGUGAGUUGAGAUCGCACUACUGCACUCCAGCCUGGGUGACAGAGUGAGACUUUGUCUCAAAAACAGUAAAAAAUGAAAAUGGCAUUAGAUUUUUCAACAGCAACCUUCAAAGUCAGAUGACAAUGUGUAUGCCUUCAGACUUCUCAUGGAAAAUGUUUUCCCCUGCAAUUCUAUACUCCGAAGUAUAAGUAUAGAAUAAAGGCAUUUCAGACCCUUUAAAUCUGAAAUCUUUAUCUCCCAUGCAUCCUUUCUCAUAUGUGCAACACUACACAAGGAGUAAACCAGUAAAUAAAAAGACAGAUAUAUGGA